CUCGUCUGAGGAACGAGGAUUUAUACAAAUUUGCUUGCAAAGUGGUUAAGUGUAAAAUUGAACACUUUUGACAUGUACGUGUAUACCACUACAAGUGGAAUUCAUUUUAUUAAAGUAAGGUGGUUAGGUAUCUGUUAGCGCUUAUUAGAGAUCUUUUUGUUAAAUUAACACUAAAAUUUAUAAGUCUUCGUUUGAAAAAGACCCGUAUCCUGUAAUUGAAAUCGCAGGGUAAAGUCGGCCAAAAUGCCUAUUUAUCUACUUCACUUAGCAUCAACGCAUGCCGACUUUCAUAUACCUGAAUUGGAAACGUUGGCAAAGAUUGAAUGCGUUCAUUAUCGAUGGAUAAAGCCUUCCUGCGUAAGGCAAAGUUUAGACCUACAGGAACCCAGUGUUGCGCAUAGUCAAAGUGAAAAGCCUGUUUACCCGAUAAAUCACACAAAUGCCACUACACUGAAUCCGUUUUUGUUGGUCGAACUUGAAGAUGACUUGUCUGCUGCUAGAUGGAUUCGAAGAUCGAUCUUCUGUAAAGGUAUCUACGAGUUGUAUGGCUUUUCAGAAACAUUUGAUAGCUUGCACGAUUAUCUUUCAAAGUUGCCAUCUCCCCCGUGGUUAGCCUAUCAAAAGAAAACUUCGUAUAAAUUCACAUUUGAAACUUUCGGCACUCGACGGACGAUGGAAGAACAACUGUCAAUCAUAAAUGAUUUCGGGUACAUGGGGUUGGAAGGCUUAGUCUCGAUGAAACAUCCAGAGUGUAUAUUCACGCUCUUGGAAAAUCGCAGCAAAGAUAUCGAAGGACCAAAAAUGUAUUUUGGUCGCUGGUGCGGUGGCAGCUCACGAGAUGCCAUUGACAAAUUCGAUUUGAAAAGAAGGAAUUAUAUAGGAAUCACAAGCUUUGAUGCUGAGCUUUCGCUUAUUACAGCUCAGAUGGCUAUGGCCAUGCCUGGUAAAUUGGUGUAUGAUCCAUUUGCGGGCACGGGAAGCUUUUUGUACACAUGUAGCUAUUUUGGAGCAUUCACUAUGGGUUCUGAUAUAGAUGGAAGGCAAAUGAGAGGGAAGGGAAGGAAAUCUAUACGGUCUAACUUUACUCAAUAUCAAUUGGCUAAUUCUUUUGUGGAUGUUUUUACUGGAGACGUUACCAAUUGUCCCCUCAGGCAAAACUUUCUAGUAGAUGCAAUUGUCUGUGAUCCUCCCUACGGCGUACGCGCAGGUGCUAAAAAAAUUGCAAAAUCUUCGUCAGGUUCUUCCUCCCCAAGUCAAUCAACUUCUGAUUCAACGUCAACAUCUCAUUACCCUAAACUUGAGCAGUAUCAAAUCAGUGACAUGGUUUUCGACCUGAUCUGUUUUGCAGCCAUGCAUCUUGUAGACUAUGGCCGAUUAGUACUUUGGCUACCUACUAUCACGGAAGAGUAUAGCAUUGAAGACAUUCCUCGUCACCCCUGUCUUUCUUUAAUAUUUAACAGUGUUCAACCAUUUACGCAUUGGUCUCGCCGUUUAUUAACUUUUGAACGAUUACCUCGUUCUGAAACAAAUCAUGUUCCAUCAGAGGUUUUUGAAAAAUCUUUGAAAACUCCUUCGCAUCAUGAUUUUCGGAAAAAGUACUUCAUGGGUGCGCGCCGAACUGCCUCACCUUUCAUAUGAAUUCUACUAUGCUAAAAUCUUUCAUAAUAUAGACGUGAAAUAGUCAAUUUUGGCUCACAUUUUGAAACUAAUAAACGGUGGUUUCUUGCAAGUCCAUAUAUAAAUUAAGAUAGUUGAUUACUUUAUUCAAAAUUAUUUUCAAUGCUUUCCAUAAAUUAUAUCUAUAAAAUUAAUUUCUUGAGCAUCUAAUACCUCUAAAAAGUUACUUACUGCU